AUGAUGAAACUAUUCUUUCUCCUCGCUCUUUCUUUCUACUUGACUCAUGCUCUUUAUCAAAUGCGUUUCUCUGAAGAAAUUGCAUCCCGACUGAGAUCCGAUGGAAUGAGUGGGAAAAGUGUUGAUGCAUUGGUCAAGAUUUACAAGGAUUUCAGAAGUAGAGAAGCGCAAAUCAAUGCGGGAACCUUGAGGACCACCAUUAAUGAUGAAGUACUUGUCUAUCUGAAGCAGAGAGAUGCAUUGCUGACAUCAGUGUCAGGGAAGGAACGGAAGAUUUUUUGGGAUCGAGUUUCUUCGAGAAAUCCUUAG